CUGAGCCGCACUUGCCGUUGUCCAUCACUAGUCUAUGAGUCGCUUUUCCGUCAAAACAAAAGAAAGUUUUGCUCUAGCUACAUUUACUUCGGUUCCACCCAUUAAGUUCGCAGCCCACAACUACGGCUUCGCAGGGGUCGUCGUCCAGCGCUACGGGGGCGAACGAACGCACACCACUGAUGGCUGCUGUCAAUCUGCAGGCUUCGUGCUCCUCCGGACUCGCCUCCGGAGACGAUGCCACCAUGGGCAGCCAGAACGGCGAGGCGGAGCGUUUGGAGCGUCCUCCAAAGCGACAACAUCAGCGAAACAACUACGGUUCCAGCAAUCAGGAUCAGCCGGAUGCGGCCAUACUGGCAGUUCCCAAUGUGGUGAUGCGGGAACCGGGCGGACCAAGACCUUCAAGACUGAGUGGAGGAGGCGGCGGUGCCCCGCCCACAAAUGAAACGGAGGAGGAGCAGGGUCUGAAAUAUGGCGCCCAGCAUGUGAUCAAAUUGUUUGUGCCCGUCUCACUUUGUAUGCUGGUAGUGGUGGCCACCAUUAACUCUAUCAGCUUUUACAACAGCACGAAUGUCUAUCUCCUAUACACUCCAUUCCAUGAGCUAUCACCGGAGCCAAGCGUAAAACUCUGGAAUGCUCUGGCCAACUCUUUGAUCCUGAUGAGCGUAGUGGUGGCAAUGACCAUUCUGCUGAUUGUUUUGUACAAGAAACGUUGCUACCGCAUCAUUCAUGGCUGGCUCAUUCUCUCGUCCUUUAUGUUAUUGUUUAUCUUUACGUACUUAUAUUUGGAGGAGCUCCUGCGCGCCUAUAACAUACCCAUGGACUACCCCACUGCCCUGCUGAUUAUGUGGAACUUUGGAGUGGUCGGAAUGAUGGCCAUCCAUUGGCAGGGUCCUCUGCGGCUGCAACAAGGAUAUCUUAUAUUUGUAGCAGCCCUAAUGGCCUUGGUGUUCAUCAAGUAUUUGCCUGAAUGGACUGCCUGGGCCGUCUUAGCUGCCAUUUCCGUUUGGGAUCUCAUAGCUGUCCUUUCUCCAAGAGGACCACUUCGCAUACUGGUGGAAACGGCCCAGGAACGAAAUGAACAAAUCUUCCCCGCUCUGAUCUACUCAUCCACUGUCGUUUACGCACUUGUGGGCACUGUUACGCCCCAGCAGUCGCAGGCCGAGGCCUCAUCAUCGCCCUCGUCGAGCAACUCCACCACAACCACGAGGGCUACCCAAAAUUCUCUGGCUUCGCCGGAGGCAGCGGCCGUUAGUGGCUCACGCUCAGGUAACUCUCAUCCUCGACAGAAUCAGCGGGAUGAUGGCAGUGUACUGGCAACUGAAGGUAUGCCACUUGUGACUUUUAAAAGCAAUUUGCGCGGAAACGCCGAGGCUGCGGGCUUCACGCAGGAAUGGUCUAACAAUUUGAGCGAACGUGUGGCCCGUCGCCAGAUUGAGGUUCAAAGUACUCAGAGUGGAAGCGCUCAGCGUUCAAACGAGUACAGAACAGUCACUGCACCGGACCAGAAUCAUCCGGAUAGCCAAGAAGAACGUGGCAUUAAACUGGGCCUCGGCGAUUUCAUCUUCUAUUCGGUAUUAGUGGGCAAAGCCUCCAGCUACGGCGACUGGACGACCACCAUCGCUUGCUUUGUGGCCAUCCUGAUUGGUCUCUGCCUCACCCUCCUGCUUCUGGCCAUUUGGCGCAAGGCACUGCCCGCUCUGCCCAUCUCAAUUACCUUCGGAUUGAUAUUCUGCUUCGCCACCAGUGCGGUGGUCAAACCCUUCAUGGAGGAUCUAUCGGCCAAGCAGGUGUUUAUAUAAACAAAUCAAAAAGACAAGGACACAUCACAUGUCCCAUAGUAUCAUAGUCUAACAGAGCUUUUUGUAAUCCAUUUCUUUAUUUAACAAAAUGCAUAGUAACAAACUCAA